AUGGCGCGCAAGGCCCGCCAACGGAUCAGCUAUGUGCUACCCCUGGCAAACUCGCCCGGGGGACACCGUUUGGGGGUCAACGGCCUCGCAAUAGACACAGAUCGCUCGAUUCUAUACUCAGGCGGUCGAGAUGGUUUGAUAUGCGCCUGGGAUCUCGGCCUCGACCUGGAAUCCAACACCUACGAUAACGAGAACCCAUUCACAUCCCGAGAAGACGCUUCUGCAAAGGCGUUUAAGAAGUCCAAAUCAUCGGCCUUCGGCAAGCAAGUGCAAGCCCACACCCACUGGGUCAACGACAUCCUUCUCGCUCAUAGCAAUUCCGCCUUGGUCUCAGCGUCUUCAGAUAUCACAGUAAAAUUGUGGAGACCGCAUUCCGAAGAUAAUCAGAUACCGACAACCAUCGGACUACACAGCGACUACGUCAAGUGUCUCGCAUCACCGGGAGCACACUCAGACUGGGUAGCAUCUGGCGGAUUAGAUCACAAAAUCAAACUAUGGGAUCUCAAUGGCGGAGGAGAAAGAUUACAUAUCGACCUCGGAGAGAACGAGACCAAGGGUUCUGUCUAUGCGUUGAGUGUUAGAGGCUCGGUCAUGGCUAGUGGAGGUCCAGAAAGCAUCGUCAGGCUAUGGGAUCCGAAGUCUGGGAAGCGCAUUACCAAUUUCGUGGGCCAUACGGACAACAUAAGAGAUAUUCUGAUCAACCAGGACGGCGAUACGAUCAUGACCGCCUCGUCAGAUCAAUCCAUCAAAGUUUGGUCCGUUACUGCGGGCAGAUGCAUGUAUACUUUGACGAUGCACAACGACAGCGUAUGGUCACUCUACUCUGACCAUCCCCAAUUAUCUCUCUUCUAUUCAAGUGAUCGAUCAGGAUUGCUCGCUAAGACGGAUGUUCGCGAUUGCCCUGAUAUGGACGAAGGCUUGUCUUUGGCUGUGGCCCAAGAGCAUGAUGGCGUUGCCAAGGUGGUUGUUGCUGGAGACUACGUCUGGACCGCAACCUCCAGCUCGAGCAUCAAUCGGUGGCACGAUGUGGAUACUAGAAAGGAGGUCCAAUCUCCGGAGUCAGUACGGCAGCAACGAGGUUCUAGUAUAGUCUCUCGUCCCAAGAUCCCUUCGCCUCCUCCUAAAGAGACCUCUCCCGUGAAUGGGAUAACGAAAUCAAAGAUACCACUUUCCUGUGUUUUGCGAAUAUCUAACAACGCGGCGUAUCCGGGCCAGAGACCCAGGGAUCUAGAAGUGUCGACUAUAUACUCCGGAACAAGUGCGAGAAAAAUGUCCGAAGCAGUUGUGGACCAAGACCUUGGAGUUGUAGUUCCAUUCCACGAUCUGCCUGAAGAGACCAUUGAAGGCCAAAAUGGAUUGAUCAAACAUGUGAUGCUGAAUGAUAGAAGAAGAGUCCUAACGUUAGAUACCGCAGGCGAAGUAACGAUGUGGGAUCUUUUGAGAUGUGUACCGAUCAGAUCUUUUGGCAAAAGGCAUUUGGAAGACGUUAUGCCCGAAGUCAAUACGAUUGAAAGCGUUGCAAAUUGGUGCGGUGUAGAUACAAGGACUGGAAGAUUGGCAUGCAUUCUCGAAGAGAAUUACUGCUUCGACGCAGAGAUGUACGCCGACGAAUUGGACAUUGAGAAUGCUGGCGAAUUCAGAGACGAUCAGCGCAUAAAUCUGGGGAAAUGGAUACUGCGCUUUCUGUUCGCCAAGCUCAUUGGUGAGGAGAUCGAGCGUGAUGCCAAAUUCCGUCAUGACUUGAUGGCAAACACGUCAAAGCCUACCACUUUACGCAGGGAGAAUGCUCCAUCCUCUAUACAGCUUCCUAUAAUCCAUCCCCCAAGUUUCAUGAACGAAGACGAUAGCAUGAUCACGCCACGGCCCACGAUCGUGACGGAUGGCAUCACGCGUCCCCCAAAUACAAAUACCCCCGGUCUUACAAUUGGAGCAGCGACACCUUACAUCAACGGCGUGACCAGUACAUCGGGGCCGAACAGGUCAGUCACGGCCGAAGAAGGGACAGCACUAGAAAAGCGAGUAUCACAACACAGCCAGCCCCGGAGUUCUAGCGACAGAGCAGGUGAUUACUUCUCAUCUAAUGCUCAAGCCAAGAGCCCAGUCGACGGUCAAUUAAAAGGACCCGUCACUCCUGGAGACACAUCUCUUGAAACAGCCACAACGUCGCCUGUUGACGCAGACAAAGAGGAGAAAUCCAGCUCGCUAUUCGGCAAGAAAUUCCGUAUGAAUUUCCCAAAGAAAUUGGGCCGCACGUCCCAGGAUGUCAAGCCAGCAGUCGUAGAUGAGAUAUCGGAAGAGUCUGACAAGUCCGAGGAGAAAGAGGACAAGACUGUUCAAGACAACUUCUUCGGCACGAUACAGAAGCUCAGGUAUGACUAUGAGGAACGUAUACAGCGUGGACCCUCCCAGCCCCUUGCGACGGGGAUUACGCCCAGCUCAUUGAACGAAACACCUCUACUUCGGCCUCCGCCGUUUACGACUGUACUUAUCCAAGAAGACCAGCCUGAUUCAGGGGGAGUCGCGGAUUUGUAUAGAGGGACCAUCAGCUCUGUCGGCAGUGAUGCUGAUCUAAUUGAGAGAACCGCGCCAAUGUGGCUAGGCGAUCUUCUAUUGAAGAACCACAUGCCUGUUAAGGAAAUUCCCAAGGUGUCGUUCGUGCUGUUACCUUACCAAGACCUGCUUCCCAGCAUCGCAAGCCCCGAUGGCAACUCCCGACUCAACGCAAAUCGCAUGCUUCGUGCCAAAAAGGUCCUCGCUUACGUGGCCGAACGUAUAGAAACUCUGCCUGAGCAACCAGAUCCCGGCGAAGUCAAGCCAGAAGACUACCUCGAGCUAUAUUGCCAGGAUCAGCUCGUUGCACACAACUCCACCCUAGCUACUUUGCGAGCUCAUGUAUCGAAGUCUGGUGGAGAUGUCAUAUUGUACUACAAAUCGAAUGGGAGAAGACCGGAGCUUGAGGAGAGAGAAAGGGUUAAGAAGGAGCAGGCUGCUGCGGAUGAGGGGACGGCAAAAACUGGGCCGGUACUACAUACUUGA